CCCGGAACAAAAAUAUUGUACAAGGCAGUGUUUUUCAAAUUUUCAAAUAUAGAUAUUAUUGACCCUAUUCUACCUCAUACAGAAGAGAGAUACACAAACAUAUAAAAUAAAGGUAGUUUAUUACUAACCACAUAUAAAUCUACAUAAUUGUAAUAUGGACGGAUGCACUAACACAAUCAUUGUCCAAAUCAAAUUUGAAUUACACAGCUCUGGAUUUUGAAAAUAAAUGAAGAAAUGAGUGAAAUUACAAACCUCGAUUUAUACGACAUACUAGAAGUUUCACCAGAUGUUAGUGAGAAACAGAUUAUUAAGGCGUACAGAAAGAAAGCUCUGAAAUGUCAUCCUGAUAAGAAUCCUGACAACCCCAAAGCUGCUGAGCUAUUUCAUCAGUUAUCUAAGGCCCUUGAGGUUCUAACAGAUGCUGCUGCUAGGGCUGCCUAUGAUCGCUUAUUGAAGGCCAAAGAAGCUGCCAAACUUAGAAACAAACUUCUAGAUAGCAAAAGGAAAAAGUUCAAAGAUGAACUUGAAAGUAGGGAGAAGUCAGCAUGUGAGCAGAGAGAGACUAAUGUUGCGGCUCAACGAUCCCUAGAGGAAGAGAUUGAGAGAUUGCGUAAGGAGGGUUCACAUUUGUUGGAACAGGAGCAAGAACUGUUGAAGGAGCAGCUGCACAACCAAGAGUUAGAAAAACAAGAGGAAGAUGUAGUUUCUGAAGUGAGUCCAAAGUUGAAGAUAAAGUGGAAAUGUAAGAAAGGAGAUCUGAACAAUGGUGGAUACACAGAGGAUAUCAUAUCAGAAAUACUCAAUAAGUAUGGUGAAGUGACUGCUCUGAUCCUGUCUGCUAAGAAAGGAGGGAGUGCUAUAGUGGAGUUUAAAUCAGCAUUCAGUGCACAAUGUGUGGUUGAUGAAGAGAAGGGAUUACCCAAUAAUCCUUUAUCAUUUACCUGGUUGUCAGGGAAACCUACCAAUACCCCCUCUAGUGGUCAGAAUAGCAACCAGAAUACACAAUCUCCAAAUAGACAUGAACAACCCUCCACAACAAGUUUUCCCAUAUAUAGUAAUAUGACUGGAACAACUGAGAGUGAAGACAAAGACUUUGAAAGUAUUGUGCUGAUGAGAAUGCGCCAAGCUGAGGAACGCAAACAUCUCAUAGAUCAAAUGAAGGAAGAGGAUGGAUGACAACACACGAACACUUAUAUUAUUCCUAUUCAGUGUGUAGCUUGAGUAAAGAUGAAGAUGGUCUUUGAAUGAACCUUAGACCUUCUUAUGGAAGAAUUCGAGAGUGAAUUAGAUGACAUGUUAUGAAAAUGUGCCUCAUGUUUCCGUAGGAAGUUUCCAAAUGUUCCAUCUGCUGGAGGGUAUUGACCUCUAACACCAGUAUCCCAUCUGAGUAUUAAAGGUUGUGUAUAUACAAGAUUAUUUAUAUCAUGUCAAUGUUUGUAUCAUGCACAAUCAAUCCUUGCAAUGCUCAUAUCAUACACAAUCAAUCCUUACAAUAUUUGUAUCAAAGCACAAUCCAUAUGAUGUUUGUUCCUUUCCUAUGGUACCUAAUACCUAUCAUGUUUAUAUCAUAUAGUAAUUAAUGUUUAUGUCAUAUAACGCAUAAUAUAGUGCGUUAAGAUGUGUCAGAGGAAUUGGAACAAGGACAUGUAUUAAACUUCAAUGUUGACCAUCACAUACACCAGAAGCUGAGAUUUUGACUUAACUUUAGCAGACACAUUUUUAAAAUCUCGUUCUGUUAUAAUAUU